UUUUGCGGUCGGAGUGUGGAGGCCAAAUUUGUCGGCGAAGAGGAGGAAGAUAAGUGGAAAACAAUGGAAGUCAUAAGAUCUCAGAAGCGGUCGGUCCCCAAUGAAUCCGUCACGACGAUCCCGCUUUAUCUUACAGCUCCUUCUCUGGAAGUCCGCCUCGAAGAGUUCGAGCUCUUCGCCAUGGAUCGCCUCCGAGUUCUGAAAGCGAUUUCUGAUGGAUUGGCUCGUGGAAAAAACCACAAGGAAAUGGACGAUCUGGUCGAAACUCUCUGGAAAGCAAACAUGAGACACUCGGAUGCUUCACAGAUGGUCAACAAGGAUAUAACCUCCCAUUUCGUUCUGCGUCUCGUUUAUUGCAGAACAGAGGAGUUGAAGAAAUGGUUUCUUAGCACAGAAACUGCUCUUUUCCGCCACCGUUUCCGACUUCUUAACUUUGAGGCACAGAGGACGAUUGUGGCAGAAUUUGGGUUGCAAUAUAAGGCAGUCACUGGCACAGAACUUGAGAGUGUCAAGGAGAGGUUGGGUCAAGUCGUGCGUUCACUAGGUCAAAUUUCGCCUAGCGUUGAAACCAUAAACUACAAGGUUCCUUUUGAAGAGGUCCCGGACCUUGUGGCAAGUCGAAGAGUAUAUGUACAUAAAGGGUUUGCUUUUGUAGCUGGGAGUCAGUUGGUUUCCCUUGUAGUCACACAAUUUCGCUCUCAUUUAUCGAAGGCGCUCAUUCUGACAAACAGAAAAUGGAUGUCUACCAUUAUAGAACGAGAAAAAGACCGGCUAACUCCUAUCAUAGAAACGUUAUCCAGUAGCUACUUGGGUCCUGACUAUUCUCAGUCACAUGAGUAUGCUGACAUAUCACUUAAGGACAUUGAUCAAGUUGCCAAGAGUUCUUUUCCACUGUGUAUGCGUCAUUUAUUUGAAAAGCUUCGAGAAGAUCACCAUCUAAAACAUGUAGGACGGAUGCAAUUGGGCCUCUUUCUUAAGGGUGUGGGUUUGAAGCUGGAUGACGCCUUAGCAUUUUGGAGGGCGGAGUUCGCGCAAAAGGUUGGCGCUGAGAAGUUCGAGAAAGAGUAUGCAUAUUCCAUUCGUCAUAACUACGGGAAAGAAGGAAAGAGAGCGGAUUAUACCCCUUAUGCUUGUCAAAAGAUCAUUUCAUCUGCUCCUGGUGUUGGGGAUCAUCAUGGCUGUCCAUAUCGGCAUUUCAGCGAGGAAAACCUACGCGCAGCACUCGGUAGAAUGGGAUUGAGUUCUAACGCAACAGAAGACGUAAUGGACAAAGUCCGAAACCGGCACUAUCAGCUGGCAUGUACAUUGACGUUCGAAGCUGUUUAUGGACCGUCGACUGAUGCUGGGAUCAACCAUCCGAAUCAGUACUUCGACGAGAGUCAGAAGAUACUGAAAUCCAAAGCAGCUCCUUUGGUAUGAUUACACAUUGCUCCCACCACGAGUUCACCAACCAUUAUACAGAUUGUGAUUACUAGAUAAUAUCAGGGAAAUAUAUGUUUGAAAUGAGAAUAUAGGUUGUCCACUUCCCCAAUUUGAUUCUCAUGGUUAUAGAAAAUUUAUACAUAUUAGACAAAAAAAAACUAUAUAUUAUAUGAAAAAUAAAUCUUUAUUGGAUUAUA